UCGAAGAAGAAAAAGAACACAAGAUCGGAUUACAAGAUGGCGGUCUGUGGACGUUAGCAAGAAGGCCGUUAGAGUUGUUGUGUUCUCUGUGAAUUUUACUGUUUGGUGCUGUUCAGUUGUUUCACAUCUUGAACGUAUUAUGUUAAUACAAUAGCUACUAAUAUAUCUCACUGAUAUUGUAAACUUCAUUUAGACAUGCAUGUUUUAUAACAUGCGGGUGGAAACAAAGUUAACAGGUCGAGGGUAGGAAAACAUCAGACGGGGUGAGGUGAUAGCUUGUUAGCAGCUAGCUAGCCUGCUAGCUCUGACUCGGUUAACCAUGUCGGACACUCGGAGGCGAGUGAAAGUUUACACGCUGAAUGAAGAUCGGCAGUGGGACGAUCGGGGUACUGGACACGUUUCGUCUACCUUUGUUGAACGGCUUAGGGGAAUAUCAUUAUUAGUUCGGGCCGAGUCAGACGGAUCACUACUGUUGGAGUCGAAGAUAAGCCCGAAUACUGCAUAUCAGAAACAACAGGACACACUGAUUGUCUGGUCAGAAGCAGAUAAUUAUGACCUUGCCCUAAGUUUCCAGGAAAAGGCUGGCUGUGAUGAGAUCUGGGAGAAGAUUUGCCAGGUUCAAGGCAAAGACCCUGCCCUGGACAUCACCCAGGAUCCCAUUGAUGAGUCAGAAGAGGAGCGUUUUGAGGAAAUUCCAGAGACAAGCCACCUGGUGGAACUCCCCCCCUGCGAGCUAAGUCGACUGGAGGAGAUUGCUGACCUGGUCACCUCUGUCCUGUCUUCACCGAUCCGGAGGGAAAAACUAGCUCUGGCCCUGGUGAGUGAGGGCUACAUCAAGAAACUCCUGGGUCUCUUCAGGGUAUGCGAGGACCUAGACAACAGGGAAGGCCUGCAUCACCUCUAUGAGAUUGUCCGGGGUGUCUUGUUCCUCAAUAAAGCAGCUCUUUUUGAGGUGAUGUUCUCUGACGACUGUAUCAUGGAUGUGGUCGGCUGCCUUGAGUAUGACCCAGCGCUGGUUCAGCCUAAACGGCACCGGGAAUUCUUGACCAAGACAGCGAAAUUUAAGGAGGUGAUCCCUAUCACGGACUCUGAGCUGCGACAGAAGAUCCACCAGACCUAUCGGGUGCAGUACAUCCAGGACAUCAUCCUCCCCACACCCUCUGUCUUUGAGGAGAACUUCCUGUCCACGCUCACUUCCUUCAUCUUCUUCAACAAGGUGGAGAUUGUCAGUAUGUUGCAGGAGGAUGAGAAGUUCCUAACGGAGGUUUUUGCACAGCUCACAGAUGAAGCCACAGAAGACAGUAAAAGGAGAGAGCUUGUGAACUUUGUCAAGGAAUUCUGUGCGUUUUCACAAACGUUGCAGCCACAAAACAGGGACGCUUUCUUCAAAACUCUGGCAAAUCUAGGCAUUUUACCUGCUCUGGAAAUAGUCAUGGGGAUGGAUGACCUGCAGGUGAGGGCAGCAGCUACAGACAUCUUCUCCUACCUGGUGGAAUUCAGCCCCUCCAUGGUCAGGGAGUUUGUCAUGCAGGAACCACAGCAGACUGAUGAUGAUGUUUUGCUGAUAAAUGUUGUGAUCAAGCAGAUGAUUUGUGACUCUGACCCCGAGUUAGGAGGGGCCGUCCAGCUGAUGGGUCUGCUCAGGACGCUCAUCGACCCCGAGAACAUGCUGGCUUCCACCAAUAAAACUGAGAAGACAGAAUUUCUGAGUUUCUUCUACAAGUACUGCAUGCAUGUUCUGACUGCUCCUUUGCUGGCCAACACUGCACAUGACAAAAACUCAAAAGAUCUGCAGGAGGGAUCAACUAAGAUCAACCCAGUCUGUCCAGACAACUUCCAGACAGCUCAGCUGUUGGCACUGAUCCUGGAACUUUUAACCUUCUGUGUGGAGCACCACACCUAUCAUAUCAAGACUUACAUCAUGAACAAAGACCUGCUCAGGAGAGUUCUGGUGCUCAUGAACUCAAAACACACCUUCCUCGCUCUAUGUGCUCUGCGCUUCAUGCGCAGGAUCAUUGGUCUGAAGGAUGAAUAUUACAACCGCUACAUCAUCAAAGGGAACCUGUUUGAGCCUGUCAUCAAUGCCCUGCUGGACAACGGCACUCGAUACAACCUCCUCAACUCAGCCAUCAUAGAGCUCUUUGAGUUCAUUAAAGUGGAGGACAUCAAGUCUCUCAUAGCUCACAUUGUGGACAACUUCUACAAAGCACUUGAAUCCAUUGAGUAUGUCCAGACUUUUAAGGGCCUGAAAGGCCGGUACGAGCAGGAAAAAGACAGACAGAGUCAGAGACUCAACAGAUAUCGCAGAGAUGCACGGUCGUUGGACGAGGAUGAGGAGUUGUGGUUCAAUGAUGACGACGAUGACGAUGAUGGAGAGACUGUGGAGAAGAGCCGAAUGGAGGAUGACUUCUCUGACAGCUACGGCAAGUACAUGGAAGCCAAAAAAGGAGCUGCCAAUGGAGCUAAUGGUGCCAACAACAACGGGAAAGCUGCUGUAAUCCCACCUGCCUCACCAACCGUCACUCCAAACAGUUCAGCUUCAUCUGUCAAAACAGUUGCUCUUCCUGCCACACCAGUCAUGAAGACUGCUCUGGUUGGUUUGGUGGAUUACCCUGACGACGAGGACGAGGAGGAAGAAGAUGACGAGGAAGAGCAGUCUCCCAGGAAGCGGCCCCGUUUGAGCUCUUAAGGCUAACUGUUCUCUGUUUGGUCGUGGUGGACGGACACAGAGUCCCUCCCGUCCUGCCUCCUCUGGUCGUCUCAUUGGUCCCUGGCCUGCCUGUGACACCUGUCAGCCUCACUGAAGGGACAGGCAAAGACGAGCUCCCACCUCACUCAGUCCCUCCUUAUCCCUACUCCUCUUUUCUCCCUCCCCGUGGAAGGAGAUGGAGAGCUCCUCUUUUGGAAAGACAGACAGAUCAGUCUGUUUCUUAAGCCUGUUGAUUUUACUUCUUCUCUUUGCCAACUGCCUCCUCUAGGAGAUCCCAAACUCUCCUUUCUUUUCUCCUGAGGAGAAACCCAGUGACCCUUUGCAAACUCAUCCUGCCUCUUUUUCAUUACACUCUCCUGCUCUCUCAGUUCUGACCUCGCUCUGAACCACCUCUCCACAUCUACCAUCCUGUGUACCGGCCAGAGAGGCUGCGGUGAAAAUAACAGUGCCAAGGCAGCUCCCAACUCUCCUCUGUUGCUAUAGCAACAGCAGCAAGGAAGCUGUCGCCCCGCAGGAACCCUCACACAUCCUCAUGUGGACAUUUGAACUCCCCCCUUCAAACUUCGUUGAACCAAUGAGCUCCAGAGACAGAGGAAGCCGGAACCCAGAACCCAACCAGCCAGUGUAUGAACUGUUGAGCAAGGCCAGUCAGGCUAGCAGGACUAGCCGUCGUAGUUGUAGAAAGCUUGACUGGCUGAAGUAGUGUGUGCAGCCCUGCCACAGAACUGUUCACUUUUGUCGGGGAUAGAGGGAUCUAGGCAGCAUAGAAGAAGAAUUAAAAUGUUGAGAGACAAGGGAGGUGACAGAUGAUUAAAAAUGUACCAGGAUGAAGCAGCAAUGAGGCUUAGACCCGGAGGAGCAGGACUCAAACCCUCAAAAGCCAUGGCAUCAGUUUGGCCAAGGCACACACACAAGAACACACGUCUCACACACAGGACUGCAUUUGCCAGAAAUCCUGUAUUUCAUGGCUUUGUUAAGAAGUACUGUACAUAUGUUAUUUUUUCUUUUUAAUCAUUCGACCCUGAUCUGAUUUUUCAAAGGGGCGGGCGAUACCUACCUACCUACCUGUGUAUUUUUGUUGUCGUCGCACAAAAGGUGGGGUCACGGUUCACCCUUUCAGUCCAGUUCAUUUGAGUCAAUGUAAAAUGCAGAAAAGUUGCAAAUGCUGGUUUUAAAAAUAACAUUAAAACUGCAGUAAAGUCAUUUUUGCAGCCAACAUUUUGAGGAUGUCUGGAUUUUUGUAUUUUGGUGGAUAUAAGAAUUAAUGGCCUCCACAUUGAUGCACACGUAGCCCAGUUUUUGUUUUGACUGGAUGACAAACCUGAAUUGUUGGUGUGCUUUGAUUUCGUGCACAGUCUGGUUACAAGAGGGUCAACCCUUGGCACCCCUCUCUCAGACAGUUCUCAGGUUCAGAGUUCAGUUUGCAUCCGAAACAAAAAGUUACCCAUCAUUUCUGUGCACUGUAACACUGCUAGCUGGUGAAACAUCUCACCUGUAUUACCGUGUGGUGACUGGUUUCAGUACGCCGUAAGGGACUUGAGGUGUUAGGGACUUUUUCCCCCAGUUUCAAGGUCCAAAAUUUUCAGCGCUAGUUUGAUCCAGGUCAGCAGUAUUGAGAUUUGUUCCACAGUUUACUCUGAUUUCAAGUUUUCCUCGGCCUGUCCAUAAGAAGUUCUUUUCUGCAGUUUGAUUCAAACUCCAUGAUUGGAUGGAUUGUUUUAUUAGUUAUGAUUUAACCCCAGAGUUGAUGCAGAGCAGGUUUUUAAUCAAAUCAAAGUGAGGGUAUUUCAGACACGACACACACUGGGUUGAUAAUGUUAGAAGGCAAUGUGACAUUUCAGUGUCGGGUUGAAACGUUUCUUGUGUUUCAUCUCCUCUCCUGGUCUCACCACAAGCACACUGAGAGGCAGAUGAAGGGAGUCAAAAACUUGCCUAAAUGCUACAUCAGACAUUUGUCUUUGAGUUAAACCACAAGGGCAGGAGCACAGGUAAAAUCAUUACCAACGUGCUUGCAAGUUGUCUUUUCCUCCUGUCUGUUAGCGUCACCCUACGAGUAUAACUGUUUUUGCUCUCCCUUGAUGAAUUUGUACCAAGUGCAUUUACUACCACUAUCCAUUCUUAACAUUUGUAUGAAUUUAUUUGAUAAGUUUUGAAAUUAAAUGUGACCCUGACAUUGAA